UCAACGUCAAAAGUUAUCUGAGACUAUCCACCCUUACAACAACAGCAUCAACAACAGCAACAAAGUUUAAAGCAAAGAACCAAACUAUCACAAAAAGAAAAGUCAACCAAGUGCAUAGCUUUAAUUUUCCUAACACAGUCUGCAAAGGACUCCAUUUGUGUGCGAGUGAGUGACUCUCUGUGAGUGGUGUGUGUGUGUGCGCGCGCAAACUUCACGUGGGUGCAUUUGCGGAUUUUUAAUAUUUCACUUUAGACUUGUCCAAAACUUUUCAUCAACAUAUCGGAACUAAGCGACAGCUUGUGGCAAACAACGAGUAUGGCACCACCACAAGUGGGCCAUACUGCUGCCAUUGCCACAAUAACAGCAGCCUCUACACAUCACCAGCAUCAGCACUACCACCACCAGCAACAGCAUCAACGCACUGGCGUUGGGGGUGGUGGCUAUGGCCGAAAGCAUCAACAUCAUCAUCUCAUUGCUGCCAUGCCCACCGGCAACAGCAGCAGCAACAGUCAACGUGAAACGACAUCGAAGCGACCGGAUACCACAGUUUCCGUAUCAACUAUGUACACACAAGCGGAAGAGGAUGUCGGAGACAAAUCUUCAACAUGUGGCACACUAUUAAUAUUCCUGUCGGUAGCCCUGGUGAUUCUAACACUACCUUUUAGUUUAUUUGUCUGUUUUAAAGUGGUGCAAGAAUACGAAAGAGCGGUUAUCUUUCGGCUGGGUCGUUUAAUGCAAGGCGGAGCCAAGGGACCGGGUAUAUUCUUCAUUCUGCCGUGCAUCGAUUCAUACGCUCGUGUGGACUUACGUACACGUACUUAUGAUGUACCACCACAAGAGGUUUUGACUAAGGAUAGUGUGACGGUCUCGGUGGAUGCAGUGGUUUACUAUCGCGUUUCGAAUGCGACAGUUUCUAUAGCGAACGUGGAGAAUGCUCACCACUCGACACGAUUAUUGGCACAGACUACUCUACGAAACACAAUGGGAACUCGGCAUUUGCAUGAGAUACUAAGCGAGCGUGUAUCUAUAUCUGGUUCAAUGCAGGUGCAACUGGAUGAAGCAACCGAUGCCUGGGGUAUUAAAGUUGAACGUGUUGAAAUUAAGGACGUACGAUUGCCCGUGCAAUUGCAAAGGGCAAUGGCCGCCGAGGCUGAAGCGGCCCGUGAGGCAAGAGCCAAAGUUAUUGCAGCCGAGGGUGAACAGAAAGCCUCGAAAGCGCUGAGGGAAGCAUCCGAAGUGAUUGGUGGUUCACCGGCAGCAUUACAAUUAAGAUAUCUACAGACCUUAAGCACAAUAUCGGCGGAGAAGAACUCAACGAUUGUAUUUCCAUUACCCAUCGAUUUAAUAACGUAUUUCUUGAAGACAAACGAUGAGAAUACCAAACAGAAUGCAAAAGCUGCGGCAGCAGCCAUAGCCCGGACAACGGUGGAGGCUAUAGCACAGCAACAGCAAUCGACAGCUAUGUAAGGAACGAGAGAAAAACGACACAACACAACAAACUUGUGGCGUAGUUAGGAGCUACAGUCCAAUGGGGGGUAUCCUUCACGCAAAAAGGACAAAGUUGUAAAGUAACAAAUUUUACUAAACUAAACAAAAACAGGAAACGGAAAUUAUCAGCAGCAAAAAAAUGGAAUGGAAACUUUAUGAACAAAAUAUUACCUGUGGGUGGAACGAUGGACAGAACAAGCUAGACAAAAACAACAGCAACACAAAAAAAUCAAUUUUCUAACUGUGAAUAUAUGUUUACUUUAUCUACUUGCAACAAAACCAAUAAAACAGACACAUACACACAAGAAACAAAGCAGCAGAAAUCUCUUCUCUCCUUUUCCCGCCCCCACUCCUCCUACCCCACUCUUAGGAGUAUAUUUUCUAUGCAUACACACACACACAUCCAACUAAUCAAAUUGAUAUCUCUGCAAAACAAAAGUUGUAAUUCAUUGGUUUUCUCAACAACAAAACAAAAAAGAACAAAAACAACAACAACAACAGUGGUAUAUACUUGUCGUCUUUAGAAAUAUAGCAACUAAUCUAGAAUAACAAACUUGUAUUAACUAACAAAACCAACAAUUACAUAUUUACUAACAACAACAACAACAACAAAAGCAACAUAAUACAUAAAUGCACAUUAUGUAUGUAAAUUUUAGGGAUGCAUAACCAAAUAAAACCACACAGACCGAACGAACCGGCAAAGGAUAUCCACAGAAUGGGGUUUUAUUUUGGAAAACCCACAAGUCAAAACUUUCAAAUCAAAAUAGAGUAUGGCUCUCAGUUUUGUGGCAAUGCAAUUUUAGUUAAUUAAAACUUUCAGUAAAAAUUUGUUAAAAAAAGAAAUAUAUUAAAAAUGUUUACAACGAACAUAAUUAAAUAAAAUAUUUUCAACAAUGGUUGGGUGGGGUUGGGAGUUAUUUUGGUGUCCAUCAGACAUGGUACCUUUACAGGAGGAACACUGAAGCAUAAAUAUACUUUUUUUAGAUUUUGAGGUGAAUGCAACAAAAUGUUCCAUUUAUCCUGAAAUUGAUUUUGUGAAAACAAAUGGGUAAAUUUGUUUUUAAAAAUGUUAUGGAAAUUAUUGAUCUCUUUAGACCAAGACCCUACAACAGAAUUGCAUUUUUAUACCCUACACCACAUAGUGGUAAAGGUAUUAUGUCUUUGUGCAUUUGUUUGUAACAGGAAGAAGGAAACGAGAUAGACCCAUAGAAAGAAUCAUAGAAUUACUUUCUGAGUCGAUGUAUGCAUGUCAGUCCGUCCGUCCGUCCAUGUAUUCUUGUAAACGAAAUGCAGGUCGCAUUUAUUAUCCAAUUGAGAUGAAAUUUUGCAAUCAAUUUUUGUUUGGCCCAAGGACUAACCCUAUUGAUUAUAAUCGGAUCAGAUUUAGAUGUAGCUCCCAUAUAUCUUCCAUCGAUUUCGAAUUGUGUACCAAAUGGUCAAUAUAAGUCCUAAUAACCUGAAUUUCGGUACAUCCCACCAAAGUCAGUCUAGAAGCAGGCACAUCAAAUUUGAGAUUUAUCCGAUUUGGGGUUUAAGUCCCUCACAUUCCUAAUAUCCAUUCGACAACAAUGAUAUUUGCUACCAGAUAUCUAAUAGAGCUCAGAAAUACCUUUGCCAAAUUUUAUAGAGAAUGUCCAAAAUUUAAAUGUAGAUCCCAUAAACAGGGUGAGAUAAAAAAACUGCAACAAAGUCAAACGCCAUCAUUUCAAAUUUUAGAAUAAGUUUCGAUUUGUUCGAAUUGGUCACCUUUGGCCUUCAAACGGCCAAUGAAACCGUCACAGGCCGCUCGAUUGUCGCUCUGCGGUAUGUUGGCCCAUUUCCGGCGAAGCGCUUAUUUGAGGUGAUCGGCACUUUGGUAUUACUUAGUGCCAACCUUGCUUUCCAAAAUACUCUAGACACAAUAGGCCAACAAAUUAGUAUCCGGAGAUUUUGGUGGUCAUUGUGCGAUGGAAAUGAAGCGAGGAACCUCAUUGUGUAACCAUUCUUGGGUGGCGCGUGCUCAGUGCGAUGGUACUGAGUCCUGUUGGAAUGUUUUAGGUCUGCGGCCAAAAUGUUUGCGUGCCCAAGGCUCUAAUAUACCCUCCAGAAUAUUUUCGCGAUAAUAUUCGGCAUUUUUUCUGAUGCCACGGUCGGAUAAUAAGAGAGGAGAGCGACCAUCGGCUGUUAUGGCAGCCCACACCAUCACCAUGGCCGGCGCUUGAAUUCUGAUGGUCAACCGAAGGUGCACAUUUUUAGCUGACCUCUUUAGCAAAUAUUUAUUUUUUUACAAACUUCUGGACAAUAAAUGUUUUCUCCUCGAAGAAAACCAAAUUCGACAGUUCACCACUUUCUGCCAAGCGAAGCAACUCUUUAGCUCUUUUGAGUCUAUUUCUUUCUAUUGCGGUAUAAGUUCUUGAACUUUUUGGAAUUUCAAUGGCUUUACCCCGAGCUCAUUUUUCAAUAUUUGCCGAAUGGAAUAUUGCGAUAUGUUCAGCUCACGAGCCAUUUUUCGGCCACUGCGACGCCAGUUUCGAUCAAGUCGCUUCUUUACUUUUUGAACCAUUUCUGCUGAUGUUGCUGUUUUCUUCCGUCCACUACCUUGACAUCUGGCUACGCUACCAGUAUCACGGUAACGAGCGAUGGAAAGAGACACAAAAGGUUUAUUCACAUUUAAAUGCUAUCACGAAUAAUUUUUUUUCUGGGAAAUUCUUACCAAAAUGCAUUUGUACGCUUGUAAUCAAUAUAAUGAGCUGUCACUGGAAUAAUUUUAACAGCUUUCAGACAAGUGGCUUAGAAAUGACAGCAGUCUCAAGUUAGUUGCAGUUUUUUCAUCUCACCCUGUAUAUCAUUAAUCCGAUUUCAGGUUUAUUGUGCAAAUAAUGGCUAAUAUUAGAUCAAAUGGAGUGAAUUUUGGGACGUACGUUUCAUUUUGUGGAACUCGGCUCCGAAUAUAUUUUUUUUUAAUAUAAUCCUUCUCGAAGUGAUAUCAUGCACUCUAUAGUAAUCUUAUUUGAUAUUGGAGAUUAAAAUGUCUCCAUUAAAUUUAGCGAAAGUCGAUUCAGAAUUGGAUACGCCUCCCAUAUAUUAGUUCCCUCUGAAACCAAACUAUAACUGUUCUGAAGCCAAAUGUACAAUAAAAAGGUAAGGUAGAGCUCUCAGCUGAUUACAAUUUUUUUCUAAGUGUGCCCGACUUCUGCCAAUUUUGUGUAUCUAUUUGUUGUUUUGAAAAAUAAAAACAAAAUAUUUUCAAAAUCAAUGAUUGGAAGAAACUUAAAUUGCGGGGCGGGCAUUAAUAAUAUUAACGAGAUUUACCAUGGUAUUGAAAGAUUGAACACUUAGGAUGAUAUUUUUGAGAGAAUAUCUAGGCAUUUCAUUCAUAUUUCGCGUUAUUUGACUCAUUUUAGAAAUGAACAAAAAAUAUGAAAUAAAUGAAAACAACUUGUUGCCUAUAAUUUUGAAUAAUUCUGACAGGAAGCGGGCAUUGCCUCAGGGAUGUAUUUCUGCAGUUUUACGAAGAUGCUCUACCUCCUUAUUUCAAAUAAAUUCUUUUGUUAUGGGAACUCUACUAAAUAUGCAUAGUGGUGUAGGGUAUCAUAUAGUCGGCCCCACCUGACUUUUGACUUUUUCUUUCCUUUUCCUUUCUGGUUUUAUAUGACGACUUUAGUAAAAUACAAACUCUUCAUGUGUCGAGCAAUCUUAAGUAAAUGAGAAUUACCCUCAAGGACUUAUCUACCCCAAAUAAAAAACACCUUCUAUGGAUAAAACAUUUUCCUUCUAUUUCUGCCACUCUUCACAUAUUUUCUUUGUAUCCCUGACUGUGAGCCAUACAUUUAUGUUAUAAUAUAUGUACAUCCCUUUUUUACAAAAAAAGAAACAAAUUCAUUAAAACCGUGAUCUGAAAUGGAGGACGAUAUUAAAGAAUAAACAAAAUCAAAUAUUUAUAUUACAAUUUAUUAUCUAGAUAUUUGUAUAUGUCAAUGUAGUUGUUAAAUAAAUAUUAAAAAAACAAUUCAAUUACAAACCAUAAACAAAAUUCACAAUUUAAUAAAGAACGAAACAAAACAAAUACGAAACACACAGACACUCGUAGAUAUAUGACUAUGAAAUUAAUUAAAUUAAUCGAACAUGUUAAUAUUAUUUCAAUUAUUUCAUACAAGUUGGAGAUUUUAUUUAUUUUUUGU